AUGGUGAUACUGAUGAUGAUCCAAGUGACAGUGAAGAUGCAUCUCCUGCAAAUGUCACCCCUGAACAUGAAGCAGCAGCUCCUGAAGUUGCUGAUCAGGAUUGUGAGUUACUGCCACAAGCAGACUUUGAACCUCCACCAAGAAGAUCACAAAGACAACCAGUCGGCUUUCGGGGCGCUGGAGAACGAGAUCGCAGAAGGGUUCUUGGCCGUGGUUGACGAGAUCGUGAAGGCACACAACGGGCUGGGACUGUCGGAUUUGUAUCCUUCUUUGAAGUUCAUCCCUGUGGAUAUGUUUCCUGGUGGAGUUGAGACAUCGGCAAGCACAAUAGAAUGGACUAUGUCCGAGAUGGUAAAAAAUCCAAGGGUGUUGCAGCUAGCACAGGAAAAAGUGAAGGGAAUCUUCCAGAGCAAGGGAAAUGUUGACGAAAAUCGACUCAAUGAGCUAAUCUACUUACAUGCAAUUAUCAAAGAGACUUUGCGAUUACACCCUGCCGGCUCAUUAGUUCUCCCGAGAGAAAUGAGAGAGACCGUACAUAUUUAUGAGUUUGAGAUACCUGCCAAUACCAGGGUCCUAGUCAACGUAUGGGCCAUUGGAAGAGACCCUAGUUACUGGAUGGAUGCUGAAAAGUUUUGUCCAGAAAGGUUUCUCAACUCCUCGAUCGAAUAUAAAGGAACAAACUUCGAGUACAUACCAUUUGAUGCUGGGAGGAGGAUCUGCCCAGGAAUACAGUUUGGAAUGAGUGUCGUUCAGCUCACGUCAGCAAAUCUACUGUUUCAUUUCGACUGGAAAGCUCUCAACGGAUUGGAAAACCUUGAUAUGAUAGAGCAAUUUGGAAUCACCCUCACAAGAAAACAAGUAUUGCGACUCAUCCCUAUUGCACCAGAUUAUGCAAUGCCUAUGUUACCUUAG